GCACAUGGUAUAUUGAAAGGGGCAUUAAAUUGGAAUAUGGGUGCUUAUUGAUAAAAGCACGUUCCAAGGAGGGUGCCUAUUGUGAAGAGAGCGCUUAGUGACAGCUGGCGGAAAAGCGUCUGCCAUAAGAUAGACAUAAGUACUGCUCGGUUGUCAGACAUGUACGUGACUGUCAGAGAACCUGGGCAGAGGUCAAACUACAGGAUAAAGUAAUAUUUCAAGUGGACUUAAAUUUGUUGAGCAAAGACGAAAAGAACUCGUUUGACGCAGACGACAGCUGUACUUAUUCGAGCUAAACAGGAUCAACUAACCAUACUACGUGGACGGAAAAUAUUACUUUAACCACACAAACGCCGCCCGUAAGCAGAGCCAGUGAGAUUACACGCCGGGAGCAUCAAGAGACCAUCCAAGUUUAAGUUGAUUACUAUUGUCUAGAUAGAGGAGUGAGCAGCAACAACAACUGAAAAGCUACACAAGAUAUGGACGACACUCUUAUAUUCUCUGAGAAGCCGUGUCUCAACUCAACGGCUCCAGCACUCCUUCCAUUCAUAACAGGCGGAGUUUCAGCCUUCCUUUGUCUUAUCACCGUGCCGGGAAACCUUAUUGUGGUUAUGGCCGUCUUCAUCGAUCCAAACAAAGAUCUACGUUCUCCUUUCAUGUACUUAGUGGCAAAUCUUGCAAUGGCAGAUUUGUUAGUGGGUCUUGUAACGGAACCCGUCUCAGCUGUUUAUCACGUAAAGAACGCUCUAGGAGUAAUCGACUAUGAGAGUCUCGCUACUGCUGUUCAUAUGCCGUUCUUCAUCUCAUGUACGGCUUCCGUUCUGAGUCUGGCAGCCCUGACGGUCGAUCGUUAUAUCGCCAUAACUUCACCAUUCCGAUACAGAUCCACACUGAGUCCCAUGCGGGCUGUUGUCGCGUGCAUCAUUGUCUGGGCGCUUUCGCUAAGCUUCCCUUUCGCGUAUCUGUACCUUGGUUUCUUUCAUUUCGCGUUUUUAUUUGCCAACACCGCUGUCGUGUUAACUUUUCUAGUGCUGUUGUUUGCCUACAUACGGAUUUACAAGAUAUUUCGUCGUCAAGUUAAAGAAUGGGACAGGUUACAUGAUAGCACCGAGGGCAGUCUUGUCAAGAAACUCAAGGUGCGUUGGGAGCAGAAAAUUACUAAAACCCUACUCAUAAUGUUGAUGCUGUUCAUUUUAUGUUAUCUGCCCGCGUGUGCUCUGAUAUAUAUCAUCAACUUAUGUAAUACAUGUAACUGUGACCUCGUGUUGUGGUCACGCGACGUUCAGUUUCUGCUUAUCUUAGCGAACAGUUCUAUGAAUCCGUUCGUUUAUUCGUGGCGUUUAAACAACUGUAGAAGAGCUUUUCUUUGGAUCGUAACUUGUGGAAAGAAGGGGAAAGUCGUCAGGGACUGUUCUUUUCAAAUGCGGUCAAUUAGACGAGCUUCCACUCCAAAUCCAUAGCUCUCAACUGGUGUGUUAGAGGUAGUAGCUUUGGUGACUAAGCAAAACAAGUUUAGAGUACAACAACCAAAUAAUGGUACCGCUAUAGCAAAAGUGAUAAAAUUGUUAAACUAUUAUUAACUUGAAGGGGCUUGGUCACGACUUGCGCAAUUAUUGCGUACGUAUGGCGCGAAAAUCUCGAAAGCUUUAGAGGUGUGCAGCCUUACAUGGCCGGAUUAAAGUGGCUGACAACGGCUUCCAGCACUUUCCAGCAGUUAUACUUGACUGAUCAAUACUACUACUCUUUAUAAAGUGAUGUCGCUCAAAUGCCGCUCAAUCAUUGGUGAAUAAGUUGGUCAUCAUUAUGGCCUAAUAGGUUAAAACAAUACGACAUGCUCCUGGAACAUGCUUAAUUUUAGCUGUAAGUGUUUUUAGUUCAAAUUUGAGCUUGGUUGCCUCCAGUUUUUUGUUAUGGCAGCCUCUAAAGACACCACGUUUUUGAAAAGUUUCUAAAUACAGUGUAUUCUUUUGUGGCGGUUAAGAGCCAUGACUCAUUUUAGACAAUUUAGGUGGCUUUGAACCCAUUCACAGAUAAACAUUAUUCCGGUAGUAUAUGACAAAGAGUGCCAGGACUGCUAAUAUUGAUUCAUCAAAGUGUAAGUGAUACAGGAAUGAGCUGGAAACUGUUGUCAGCCAUCUUGACCAAGUUCUGGGUUUAUCCUUCGUAAACGUACCUUAUUUAUUCAGCUGAAUUAUCACAACCCUUACUUAAAACUUACUCUUAAGUCCUUAGAUUCUCUUAGCUUAUGGUUAUCGUCGUCAAGCACUUUCGACAUGAGCCUCUAACUAGGGAGAUUGCUCAAGCGCUCCCCAUGUUAUAAAUUACUUACUUUCAUAUGUUUACCAUGCAUUGCCCAAAGCGUUCUGUCUUGAAAUGUGGAAUUAAAGUUUCAAGGAGACAGUGAUGGCCAUCUAUUACUAAUAGGUAGGCCCGAUGCCAUUUCUUAUCCUCAAAGGCUGAAAAAAGUUGACGAAAGCAAUUUUUAUGAGUGUUCUUCAAUUUCGUUAUUUUGUGUCCUCUCUGCCAUCUCUGCCAUCUCCGACUGUAUGGGCCACUGGUGUGAACCAUCCAAGCCUGCGCAAUAGGCACCGAGCUAUCUUAGAGAACGAGCUAGAGCGGUGCGCGAAAGCGAGAACUAGCCUGCGUACCAAGUUCUCCAUUUUAGCUGCAGAGCCGCUCUUAUAAAAGCGAUGAAGCCGCAAGGAGAAUGGUGAGUAGUUUUCGUGGCCUGGCCCCUAACAUUCUUCGCUCCACCAGCGAAACAAAGCACUCUCGCAAAAUCCCUAAAGAAGGGACAUGCACGCUGGCACGAGUGUCACACCGCUCCAACUCGCAGCCAGAUAUUAACUUGAACACACGCAAGUUACCAGUGUUCAAUCAAUCCGGUAAGAAAGCUCGAUCCAAGGAAUGAAAUACGCCGUCAAACAACCCGUUGAAAUAUUGCAGAAUAUUGUAAUAGCACUUUUGUCACUAACAUGGCACUAAUGACAACGAAAAGAUUGAUGAGAAAGAGAUAACAGCUUCAAUGAAAGGGUAAUGGAUUGGUCUAAUGCACUCUUUGAAAUCGCUGUCUUUUGAGAUCUUUCUCUUACCUUGUAUUUGUCCUGCCUUCAGUUACUAUCAUCAUCAUUCAAUAGCAACUGGUCUGGCGUCAUCGAGAAAACAAUCGAGUAGAUUAACGACAUUAACAACAGGUGAUUGUCAAAGAACAAAAUGUGAUUGACCGACCGUGUCAGUACCACGAGAGACGGCCAGCUUGCAAACAAAACAUUAGUAAUUUACGUGAUGUUAACAUUGCCAGGAACAUACGCCAUAAUUUAAAUGGGCAAAUUACUCUUAUUUGGUCCAAGGAACAAACAAAGUUUACAAAUUACAUGUUUAGCAACGAGGUUUUACUGAAAGUUGUGGAACUGAUGGAAAGUUGAGUAUUCUACGAGUCCCUCGAAAGUUGAACCGUGAGCAGCAGGUAAAUGAUAAUGAACCAGUGAAGAACUAAUGAAGGAUGACUUUGCUGUCGUAAACAUCUUCGAACAGUAAUCGCGCGGCCGAACUAAACUCGUCAAGUCUGAAGAGUUUGCCUGGUUCUAAGGACUUAAGAACCUCUAUUACUGCGGUAUAAUCAACAGUCGUGACGAUAAAAGUUCUGUGGUCCUCAACGUAACUACCACCCUGAAAAUAGUGUCGGAAAAUGUCACCAAGAUCAGAGCUGCCUUUCACUAUCACGGCUUCCUAUCAUGUACAUUUAAAUAUUUUGUAAAGCCUGUGUACUCCGUGUUUGACUCGGCCUUCCCAGCGUGUAACUCUAAACUCAGUUUUUUGAAACCGGCACGAUACAAGAUAUACAAACAAUAAUUUUCAGUGGGCUGUCGGAAAUAUAUUGGACUAUAUUCCACGGUAAAGCUUCGAUAACACUAAGAGGUAAGUUUAUGAGUUUGAACGAAACCCUCGUCGAGAAAUUGGAUGUUCUCGUAAUCACCAACGUCAGUGCAGUUCUGCUGAACUGACAUACAAGGACUGUAGAUUUAAAACUAGUACUAGAGAGUCUAGUCUACACCAGGACCAAUCCGUUCAUGUCGAUUUCAAAACGUCUGGAGUGCGAUACGACUAUUUUAGCGCGAUCUUUUGACAGAAGAAGCGUGCAGCUGUUGGAGAAUGAGAAAAAUCAAACGGGUGAAGCAUUAUGGAAACACUAUGCCCGCGCUAUGCUACCAUUGUCACCUGUCGCAAAGAAAUCUCAAGAAAACGAAGCGCUCUCAAAUUGCGCACGCGGAGAGAGCGAGGAAAACCGCGAGACCUACAUGUACUCAGAGAAACCAACGUUUGAUAACCAAGAUGAUAGAAACACUGAUCUUGUGGUCGAAAGUGAGCCUUAUACCUGCUUGCCAUCCGAAAAGAACUCACCGAAACGGCACAACAGAAACACAAUGCUUAAACGACUUGCAGAUUGUUUCGCUCACAGACACACGCGUGUGAAAUCCGGAGCCAGGAGGCAUAGAGUUAUGGGCUUUUAUCCAAAGCUGUAUACUAUACAUGAAAAUGCAUCCGAACUGGCAAAAGAUUUUGAGGAGAACUACCAAAUGGCGGUGAACUCAAACACAGAAGAUAUGGAUUUGUUAGAAAACGAAUUGCACAAUUUUGAUGAUACUGAUGCUAGUUUCAUACCUUGCUGUAAUACAAAUGAUCAAAAAAUUGUAGCACUGCGCGAGGACAUCAAGGAACUUUGGAAGCGCCUUGAAAAUGUGGAAAGGGAGCUUGCAUGGGCGAGAGGAAACCUUUUAACCCGCCAUUCAGAUGUCAAUUAGUUGCUUGACGAUCAGGACUUAUAAGUGAAAUGAAUACAAUUGGCUGUUGGUACUUGCAACAGCUCGAAAUGAAAAUAAUUUUUUGAAUGUCAAGGAAUAAAUUCAUUGCCUAUCCAAUGAUAAGUCAGUCCUUCCAGCCUUUUUUGGGUCAUUGCGCACGUGCGUCUCCCCAGUGACGACCGUUAGUGGAAAGAAGAAGGAUGAAGACUUACCAGCAAAGAACUAACUAUAGACCUAAAUCUUUUUGAUGCAAUUUUAAAUGAAAAAAAAAAUACUAAUAGUUAACUAGCAGAGAGCAAAGACUCCUUUGAGUUAUAAAUAGCUGACAAAAAUUAAUACAAUACAUGUACUUCCAUUUGAAUACAGUUUUGGGAUCUUUGUUUAAAAAUAGUGAUAACUCAUAACUGGUUCUUCCGUGGUCUCUGUUCUCCCCCUUGUGUGAUGCCAGUCCUUGAUUGGAGCAGCUUUUGUAUCUCUCCAUAAGUUAAAUCCGAAAAAUAUAAUCGUGUGUUCUCUUUUUCGACCUGCUCUUAACAAUUCCUUGCUGGUAUUCUUCUGCAUUGUGCCGUAUCCCAUAGAGUGCUAAAGGAGUGCUAAGUUAAGAGUUUUCUGAGUACCAUCGUAGUCCAUUUUUCAUUGACAUUUCUGUUGAACGCGUAAUCGCACCUUGAAAUAACCACAGACAAAGCAAAGGCUGGUUCAGCGUAACAAAAUCAGUUUUUCUCUCAAUCAACGUACCUUCGAGGAAAAGGUUUAAAUUUGAGGAUCCCGUGUGAAACACGACGCGCAUGUUACGUGAUGAACGUGUUUUGCACGAUUCGCGCUUACCACGCGCGCUUUUCACGUUUGACCAUGCAAAUUAGAACUCAAAAUGGCUAAUGAAUCUAACAAAAUUCCUCGCCUCCAUGUCAGUCACUAAAUUUUCCUGCUAUCUAACGCUUUUCAGUACCCCAGACGCAAUUUGAACAUUAUUUCUCUUUGCCAUGCAGUUAUUUUCGUAUCUGUUCAGAGUUUGUCUUGCCCGUAUAAACAAUGUCCUCUGUUCCGAUUGUUCCGUCUGUCCACCUGACAGUAUAUCGAAGCUGUUAUGAUUUACAUUAAUGACACUUGCGACUCCGCAAACGCAACGAAGGAUGACUGGUCUAUGAACUGACGAAACAAUUACUUGCUUUCGUUUCGUAACGAAGGAAGAACCACGUAAGGUUCAUUGUGUUGUCGAAUGACUUCAAUCGAUAACGCAUCGAUGUCUUGGGAAAUGUUUGACGACUGAAUCGCGAGAGAAGGUUUAUAUCGCAUCCAAAACUGCAUAAAGCUUCUUGGCAUUAUCUGCCGUACUUGAGUAGUUUUUGAUGAAGCUUUCUUCUCGAGGACUCUCUUGCUUCUACCUUUACGAUUCCCGGCUCCAAAAUGAGAACCUGGCCUGUGACGCUCUCCUUGACUUUUAUUGUGAAUAGACGGUAAAAACCUUUCUGUUUUACUGUUCGUAUAGCGGGAGCCAGUUAAAUCGCAGUGCUCUAACUUAGUUGACUCUGGGUUGUAAGAGUUUCCAUCCUUUGCCGCUCUUGUUUGCCGCUUGUAAUUUUCUUUCCCAUUUAUCGACUUCGGUCUCCAGUUGUCUAAAUCUUGUUGGUUUGCCAUCUUCAUAAUAAAAAGCAAUGGAAGGCAACGUAAGAAACAUUCAAGAAUACGUAGUCAAUCGUGUUUUAAAACGCAUGACGGCCGAGAGUUUGCAACUGCCACGUUUGUAACUCAGUGUAGCUGUUCAGUCGAUCAGAAUUGUUCAGAAUCAACGAGAUGACCUGAUGACUCUUUUGAGAUUUGAUUUCACAAGGUUGUCAGCAUUCUGACGCCGCACUCCCAGACAGUAAUAUCCUGAAUCUUUAACGAGUCGCCUAAUCGCGUGAGGCAAAUGGAUGCGUUUGUGCCUGCAUGCUUCGACUUUAAACGCAAAUAGCUACUGAAGUACCUCACGCUUGACUGAAGAGGAGUCAGCAUCAAAACAUCACACAGCAGGGUUACGCCGUACAGAAAAACAAGUCUAAGAAGUACUUGGAACUCUCUUCUACGAAUGCGUGCCGCUAUGCAGACGCAUUUCUAUCUGUUGCGUAGACCAAUUUUCGUUUGUUGUUUUAGCUAUUAAAACUAGGAGUUAUAACCAAGUUUUGUUUUAUUUUCUCGCCCGAAAACCAGACAGCAAAUCGGUCAUUGCCGAGCGGAACCCCCUCAGUCCAUGAAUCACGACACAAUUAUUAUUUUUUUUAUUCCACUUCUGA